UAUAAAAUGUUCGAUGAGAUAGCCCAGUACAUUCAACUUCAUGAAGAAAAGCUUAAAAAAGAAAAAGAAGAAACUAUUAAAGUUUUGAGUGACGAGGAUUACGAAAAACUAAUCGAACAAGUCCGGAAAGGAGUAGAGAGGAUGAGAAGCCUCCAUUUUGAAGAAGACCCAGAAGAGGCCAUCCGGAGGCUUUCUACAGAGUUAGAAUUAAAGAAUGAUCUUGGUAUGAGAAUCCUUCAAUCAACCCUUCAAAAAUAUAAAGCGGGAGAUAAUGCUUUAAGUGAGCCUGAGAAACAGUCCCUCAUGAAUUUUCUUUCAGGAAUUUCAUCCCUAAAGGACAAAAUUUCUGACUUAGAAUAUGGAGAUGAGGAUUUUAAGAAGUUAAUGCUCUCCAUGGAUAUUAUAAACGUCAAGAAUUGCCAGUACAUCUAUAGAAAAGGCUGACCCAUUCAGAACGUCUACCAUGUAAUCAAGGGCGAGGUGGUAAAAGUAGAAGAGCAUACUCUGGAUCUCAAGUAUGUUCUCAACUUCUCGCAGGCUAAAAAUAAAUUACACCAUGUCAUAGCUGCUUUGCUGUUGAGGCUUUUAAUUAAAGCAAUCCCUGAGCUAAAAGCUGUUAACGCACUUAAAAAAUUCUCUUCAGUUGGGCGUCAAAAGUAUUUCAUAGAUGAUAUGGAACCGAAUGCAAACUUUCUACAUAGUAGUAAAAGAGAAGUUGAAAUUUCAGAAACCCUAGAGAUCUACAUGCGUAAAGCGGUGGAGACUUUCUCAAAGAAUGAUGUAUUUGGAGAGGAAGAUCUUUUGGACAAUAAAGUUAUAUACCAAACUUCAGCCAUUGCUAAAACACCUUGCUGGAUUCUUAGGGUAAAGCAAGACAUCUUCAAAACUCAGAUGAAGGAGUCAGUUAGGAGGAUAAAAGAAGCAAAGGCUAUCUUUCUCUACUACAAUCUUCCGUAUCAGAGCAAGAACUUGAACUACUUAAAGCUAAAACGUUUCCUUACAAAAGGGUUUAAGGAGGAAAGAGUUAAAAUUCAUGAAGAGAUUAUCCAACAGGGGCAACCUGCUGAUGAGCUGGUGAUCAUCAAGCAAGGAGACUUUGAACUGAUCAAAUAAAGUGGAAUACUCGCUUGGUUAUUAUGAUAUCCAAAGCAUUAAAGAAUCGAAAAUUGUACUUCUCCUAUCCACAGGAAGCAUCGCAGGAGAAGAUGGCUUUCUUUAUGGGACCAGUCAUAGCUAUACAGUCAAAAGUGUUGGAGGGAAUGGUGUUGUUUACAGAAUCAGCACUAAAGCAUUUGAAAGUAUGCUAGGUAACUUUAAGCAAGAUUUUAUAAAAAUGCUCAAAAGCCGUCAUGAUUUGAUCAAAAAUAAAAUAUUUAACCUCAAAAAUGACAAAUAAAAUUAAACAAACCUUAGCAGGAGGGGCUCCGCUAAAUCUUGGAGAAAGAAGGUCCCAAGAGGAAUACGAGCUUAGUCGAAACUUCAAAUAUGCUAAAAUUUUGCCGAAGAAACAAUUUAAGUUGCAAUUAAUAAAGAAGAAAAAUAAGAAUACUGAUGUAAUAUCUGCUGCUACAGACAGGUACUCUAAAAUUCCACGUAAAAAUGGUCAGUUUCUUCAAAGUCCUAAGCAAGCUUUUUCUGAUUUCAAACUCAGGAAGAAGAGGAAGACCAUUUUUGACUACAACAAAGCUGAAACAGACCGAAGGAUGCCCAAGAAAAACAGAGUACUGAGUCCGGUCGUCUUGAAAUCGAAAAAGUUCAUAGAAAGACAAAUAACUGGGAUGAAAAAUGCAGAGAUUUGUUCGACCCAGAACUUGCCUUCUGUCGGUGAAUCUGAUCCGAGAGUGGGGUCCUCAAGACCUCAUUUUCAGCAGUCUCGGAAAUGCUCUCGGAUCCCUAGAGGAUUUUCUCCCAGAAUUGAGAGAACAAAGAGGAAUUAUGAGAUAAGGUCCUUCUCUCCUCAGCCAGAGGUCUCGGAGAAUUCAGAGCAUCCAGGACUAAUGAGCAUCACUGGACGGAUGAGUCACUGAAAAAGGUUUUUCAAGAUUCUUGGAAACCAAGGAUCCUUACCUAUGCUGUUCACUCAGUCAGAUAGCCUAGGGAUUUCAGGGAGCAAAAUGAAGAAAAUACUAAAUCUGGGCUAAUACUUCAGAUAUCGUCCUUCUAAAAUAAUGUGUAAAUGAGUACUUCAU